UUUCGAUUGAAGGAUACAUAAGAAAUAUUUACGUAUCUAAUAUACAAUUUAUUAAAUUUAGAUAUUAAAAUGGAAGUGACAAAAUGGAUGGUAUAUUUAUGUGUUUUUUGUAUAGCAGGUGUUGUCCAUUCACAGAUAGUAACACAGUCCAAUCUUAAUAACAUCGCUGAUAAUCUUGAAGUAAAAGUAGACGUUAUUAGAAAUUAUGACAACGGUAGUCUUCAUCUCAUCAAAGUAACAUUCAACAACCAGGCGUCCAAAUAUUUGUCGGGAUAUAACUGGAAAAUUUAUUUUUACAGUUUUUUCAUAGUUGAACCUAGUCACAUUCUAUCAAAAGAUGGUUUGUAUACUAAGCCAGAGGGAUACACUCUUCCGAAUGUCAAUCUCAAAUUAAUGCAUGAAAAUGGAUGUCUCUUUUCAAUGUCACCUACAUCCGAGUUUGUCGGGCUUCCACAUAAUAAAAAGAGGGAAAUUACUUUUUCUGCAGCCUUGUGGGCUAUUUCUAAAACAGAUUUUCCUCCAAACUGGUAUAUGACAGCAGAUGGGUUAGACGCACGUGUUAUCAGUAGUACUAAGGCGAAUUUCGUUGGUGAGUUUAAAAGUGACAAACAAUGGAAACGCAAGAAGGCAGAUAAAUACGAUCCAUAUUCUCCAAGGUUUCGUUAUCAUCGUUAUAAAACAACAAAUGCAAAUAUCCAGCAAAAAGUUGUUAUACCUACUCCUAAAGAAAUAACAAACCAGGACAACACCAAGUUACUUGAUGUGAGCGGUAAUGUGACAAUAGUACACAAUGGAUUCGAUGAAGAAGCUAAAUGUAUAACAGAUAAAUAUAACUUUGAUAUUGGUAAGACAGCUUCUACUAGUGGAGUCAAUAUAUAUUUGUCAAUUAAUAACUCAUUAUCAUCUAGUGAGGAAUAUACACUGUCUGUGAAUCCGUUAGCAAGGUGUGUCACCAUAAGCGGGAAGACAAAUACAGGUGUGUUUUAUGGCGUACAAUCUUUACUGAGUCUUCUGUCACAAGGUAUUAAUUUACCACAAAUGACGAUCAAAGACGAGCCUCGUUAUGAAUUCAGAGGGAUGUAUGUUGAUGUUUCAAGAAAUUUUAUUUCAAAGACAGUUCUGGAAAAAUUGAUGGACGCAAUGGCAAUGUAUAAACUGAACAAAUUACAUCUCCACCUGGCGGACGACGAAGGUUGGAGAAUUGAAAUCCAAGGUUUACCAGAAUUAACUCAGAUUGGGUCUAAACGAUGUCAUAGUGAAAGAGAUGGUAUCUGUUUGAUACCACAGUUAGGCUCUGGUCCUGAUACCACUACAUCCGGUUCAGGUUUUUAUUCCAUUCAAGAAUAUAAAGAUAUUUUAAGCUAUGCCAAAAAACGUCAUAUUGAAGUAAUUCCGGAAAUAGACACGCCAGGACAUGCACGCGCAGCUAUCAUUUCUAUGGAGGCACGCUACCGGAAGUACAAAAAUACAAAUGUUACAAAAGCUGUCAAGUACAGAUUAAUUGAUCCGGAUGAUACAUCUAAAUACCUAACGAACCAGCUUUUCAAUGAUAAUGCAGUUAAUCCUUGCAUUGACUCAACUUACGUUUUUAUUGAUAAAGUUGUUACUGAAUUAAAAGCCAUGCAUUCUGCUGCAAAUCACCCUAUGAAAAUAUAUCAUUUUGGGGGUGAUGAAGUUGCAAGAACUGCGUGGGUAAAUGUAACUAAAUGUAACGCUCAAAAUUUAACCGGAAACGCUGAAUCAAUAAGGAAAACAUUAAAGAACUAUUUCACUCAACGUGUCGCAAAUAUCACGUUUCAUCAUGGACUUAACAUGGCCGGAUGGGAGGAUGGGUUUAACGCUGGGGAUGGUAUGCCGUUUGAUAGAGGCAUGUAUCAGAACCAACACAUUUACAGUAAUGCCUGGGAUAAUGUAUGGGAAUGGGGAGAAGCCAGACGUGCCUAUAACUAUGCCAACGCUGGUUACAAGGUGAUAAUGUCACAUGCAACUCACCUGUAUUUUGACCAUCCAUACGAACCUGAUCCAGAGGAAAGGGGAUUGUAUUGGGCUACGCGAUGUACAGACUCUUACAAAACAUUUGGAUUUCAGCCGGAUAACCUAUAUCAGAAUAUAGAUGUAACCGUUAUGGGAGCUUCGAUUAGUAGAGCUGAUAUAUGCAAAACAAAUAACACUUGUCCUUCGCUGCAUAAAACUAAAAACAUAGCAGGAAUGCAAGGUCAUCUUUGGUCGGAGACCAUAUUAAAUGAAGAUAAUUUCUAUUAUAUGGUGUUUCCAAGGUUACUGGCCUUGGCAGAACGUGCCUGGCACAAAGCAUCAUGGGAGAAUGUUGUGGACGAAACAUUACAAAACAGUAUGAGGAAGAACGAUUGGGAUAACUUUGCAGAAACAGUUGGAAAAAGGGAGUUAAAGCAAUUGGACGACAUGGGAAUACAGUACAGAGUCCCUCCUCCAGGAGCAAGUAACGAAGAAGGCGAGAUCAAACUAAAUACUGUGUUCCCAGGACUGAAUAUAGAGUUUAGUACCGACAAUCAGAUUUGGGAGACAGGAACGAUACGAGACACAGAACCAACUGUUUUCUUACGAACGAAAUCUGCAGAUGGCAGAAGAACCAGUAGAGUCGUCCAGUUUAAAAUAAGAACCUCAACAGCAUGGAAUGUACAGUGGUCAAUUACAACAAUCAUGUUAUGCUCCUCUGUUCUGUAUAUAAGUUUACUCAGCCACCUACAUGGUAUAGGUUUAGUCUUAUUGUUUAAAGCCGUACGGUUGUCUUUGAUUGUUGACAUCCACUUCAUAAUUAUUGUGGAGGACAGAUGUCUCAUCGGCAAUAAUACAACAUCUCCUGAUUUUGGUUAUGUAAAUUCACAGAUAGCAACGCAAUCCGAUUUAGAUCAGAUCGCUUCCGGUUUGGACGUUAAAGUUGAUAUGGUGGAGAACCUUGAUGAUGGAAGUCGACAUCUCUUUAAAGUGACCUUCAACAAUAAGGCAUCAAAGUCUCUGUCAGGGGUCAACUGGAGAAUAUAUUUUUUCAGUUUUUUCAUAGUAGAAUCUAAGCACAUUCUUUCGGAAGAUGGUCUGUAUACUAAGCCAGAGGGAUAUACGCUUCCGAAUGUCAAUCUCAAAGUAAUGCACGAGAACGGCUGUCUCUAUUCAAUGACCCCUACAACCGGAUUCAAAGAGUUACCUCAAAAUGGAACGAGAGAAAUAACAUUUUAUGCCGCUAAUUGGGCUGUGUCUAAAACAGACAUUCCACCUAACUGGUACAUCACAGCAAACGGACUAAAUGCACGUGUUAUCGAUAGUACUAAGGAAGGAUUUGUUAAGGACUUUACAAGCGCCAAACAGUGGAAGCGAACAAAGGAUGAUAAAUACAACCCUUAUUCUCCACAGGCACGUUAUCAACGUUAUAAAACAACUAAUGCUAAUGUCCAGAUGAAAAUGGUCAUACCAACCCCAAAAGAAAUAACUAACCUUGACACAUCUAAACUGCUCGAUAUGACUGGAAAGGUGACAAUAGUUCACAGUGGACUGGACAAUGAAGCAUCAUUUCUUACAGAUAAAUAUAGCUUUGAUAGCAGUGUCAUCGCUUCGGCUAAUGGAGUCAAUAUAUAUUUGUCUAUAAACAGCACUAUACUUUCUGCGGAGGGAUAUAGUUUAACUGUGAAUCCGCCAGCAAAAACUGUUACCAUAUAUGGAAAGACAAAUGCUGGUGUGUUAUAUGGUGUACAGUCUCUUCUUAGUCUUUUGUCACGUGGUCUAAGUAUACCACAGAUGGAGAUUCGAGACGAGCCUCGUUUUGAAUUCAGAGGAAUGUUUAUUGAUGUUGCAAGGAAUUUUGUUUCAAAGACUGUUCUUGAAAAACUGAUGGACUCAAUGACAAUGUAUAAACUGAAUAAAUUACAUCUCCACCUGGCGGACGACGAAGGGUGGAGAAUUGAAAUCAAUGGUUUACCAGAAUUAACCCAGGUUGGCUCUAAACGAUGUCAUAGCGAUACUGAAGAUGUUUGUUUGAUACCACAAUUAGGCUCUGGUCCUGAUACCACUACAUCCGGUUCAGGUUUUUAUUCCAUUCAAGAAUACAAAGAUAUUUUAAGCUAUGCUAAAAAACGCCACAUUGAAGUAAUUCCGGAAAUAGACACACCAGGUCACGCACGCGCAGCUAUCAUUGCUAUGGAGGCACGCUACAGAAAAUACAGCACCUCAAAUAUGAAUGAAGCGGAGAAGUACAGAUUGAUAGAUCCAGAUAAUGAGUCAAAAUUCUUAUCUGUACAAUAUUUUAAAGACAAUGCAGUAAAUCCGUGCAUUGAGUCAACUUAUGUUUUUAUUCAAAAAGUAGUUUCUGAGUUAAAAGCCAUGCAUACUGCUGUUGGCCAUCCAUUGAACAUAUAUCAUUUUGGAGGCGACGAGGUUGCAAAAACUGCAUGGGUAAAUUCAACAAAAUGCGACCAACUUAAUUUUAAUUUUUCCGGAGACGCUGCAUCAAUCAAUAGCGAAUUAAAGAACUAUUUCACUCAACGCGUAGCUAAUAUUACUUUUACUCAAGGACUUAACAUGGCUGGUUGGGAGGAUGGGUUCAACGCGGGAGAUGGCUUGCCGUUUAAUAUAAGCAUGUAUCAGAACCAACACAUCUACAGUAAUGCCUGGGAUAAUGUUUGGGAAUGGGGAGAAGCCAGACGUGCGUAUAACUAUGCCAACGCUGGUUACAAGGUGAUAAUGUCACAUGCAACUCACCUAUACUUUGAUCAUCCAUACGAGCCUGAUCCAGAAGAGAGGGGAUUGUAUUGGGCCCCUAGAUUUACCGACUCUUACAAAUCAUUUAGAUUCCUUCCUGAUAACUUAUAUGAAAACAUAGAUGUAACUCGAAUGGGUGUUCCACUUAGUAAAUCUGAAGUUUGUGGUGCAAAUAACAAGAAAUGUCCUGCUUUACAAAAACCAGAAAACAUCGCAGGAAUGCAAGGUCAUCUUUGGUCAGAGACGGUGUUGAGUGAAGACAACUUUUAUUAUAUGAUAUUUCCCAGAUUACUGGCCUUGGCAGAACGUGCCUGGCACAAAGCAUCCUGGGAGAGUGUUGCUGACAAAACAAAACGAACCAUGGAUAUGGACAAUGAUUGGGAUAGUUUUGCGUUAACAUUAGGCACGAAUGAGUUGAACCGAUUAGAUAGCAUUGGAAUAAAUUAUAGAGUCCCUCCUCCAGGGGGAAGUCUUGACGGUGACGAGGUCAAAACUAACACAGCCUUCCCAGGACUGAGUGUAGAGUACAGCACCCACUCUCAGACGUGGAAGAGUGGUACGAUACCAUACACUGGAUCAAAUGUGUACCUAAGAACAAAAUCUGCAGAUGGCAAACGAACCAGUCGAGUUGUCCAGUUUUCUCCAAUAACAUCGUCCGCUCAGCUGACACAGAUGUCUUUUAAAACAGUUAUAUUGUGUUCGGUUUUUCUAUAUAUAUUUCUACUCAAGGAUUAAUAAAAUAUGUUUCUCCUUGCAAAUUUUACAAUCGAUUGUAUGUUGUUUAUUACUUUUAUAUUAAAGUUCUUAGUUUGUG